AUGGCUGAAAAUAUCACACUUCCUCAUAACUGGUUCUUUAACGAUGAUACUUCUCAGGAAAUCCCUAUAUCGUCCAGUUCUACUGAUCAACAUCGGAUAGCUGUCAAUUCUUCUUUUUCUACAGGUUCUGAUGACCUUAAAUAUCCUUUGGAAGUAGAUAUGCCUAAAUUAGUUAGACAAGUACUUUCGAACUUAUCUGUGCCAUAUCAACCAAUUAACGAUCCUCAAUUCUCAAUGCUUAUUACUGAAAGCAAAAAAUGUGAGGAUAUUUUAUUAAAAACUGGAAAACCUCCAGAGCUGUUGAUACUCAUUAAAUCUGCUCCAUCUAAUUUCCUUCGCAGAGAUGCUAUACGUUCAACUUGGGGGAAUAAUCUUUGCUGGGGUGGACGUCGUGUUAUUCACCUGUUUCUUUUCGGCACUGUUCCUCCUAGUGAUAAAAACUUGGGAGAUAUGUUGAAAAAUGAAUCGGAUGUUCAUGGUGAUGUAAUUCAACAAGAUUUCCUAGAUCAUUAUUAUAAUAACACAUAUAAAGUCAUGUUUGGUAUCGAUUGGGCAGUGAAGUAUUGUUCCAAUGUACCUAUCAUUAUGUUUGUUGAUGAUGAUUAUUUUGUUUAUCCUCGAAAUGUGGUUGCAUAUAUCGAAGGCUUGAGUGAGGAUAUACGCCAAGUGCUGAUCAGUGGUUACGUGUGGUAUAAUGCUGAGCCUGUACGCAAGAAAAAUCGGAUGGGUUCUAGCAAAUGGCUUAUUGAUUGGAAUGAAUAUCCUCAUACUGGUUACCCUCCGUACGUAGCAGCAGGUAAUUUUUUUCUUUCAAUGGAUUUAGCGCGUAAAUUUAAUGUGGCUAUACAUUAUACACGCUAUCUUCGAUUUGAUGAUGUCUAUUUGGGGAUUAUACUUAAGAAGUUACUGCAUGUACCCAUUCAUUUAAAAGAGGUGUACACAUUCAACCCUGUAAACGUUAAUUCAUCUCAGAUAUACCAGAUGCUUUCUAGUCAUCGUUUUAGUAAUCCUGUAUCAUUAUUUUUCCUAUGGAAACGUUUGAAUUGCUCACAGUUUUGUGUUCAGUCACUUGUAUAA